AUGAGUGACCGAGAGGAAUCGCCCGAAAGGAUGGACAACAAUGGCUCGCCCGAUGGUGAAGACCACCAGAGCGCUCAAUCGGACUCGCGACAGGACUCGGAGCACGAGGGCUCAAACCACGGCUCUGAGAAUGGCCACUCGCCACGACCGGCUGGCCGCUCCCGUUCAAGGAGUAGGAGCAACUCGCGUCGGUACAGCUCCCGACCAUCUCGUCGAAGCCGCUCUCGUAGCGGUUCCGGCUCCAGGAAGAAGCACGGCAGCAGUUCUCGACACUCGCCCGACUCGAAGCGAUCUAAGCGCUCCCGUUCGCCGAUGUCUUCUCGCCGUCGUCACGUUGGCAAUCGCGAGAACCCCCCGGAAGGUCGAUGCCUGGGCAUCUUUGGUCUCUCCAUCUACACGCAAGAGCGCGACUUGAAGGAGGUCUUCUCCAAGUACGGUCCGAUUGAAGACGUUCAGAUCGUCUAUGACGCACAAACUGGCCGAUCGCGUGGAUUCGCCUUCGUUUACUUUGAAGACAAGAAUGACGCCAAUGAGGCAAAAGAGCGUUGCAACGGCAUUGACAUUGGUGGUCGAAAGAUCAGGGUAGACUUUUCGAUCACCCAGCGGGCUCACACGCCCACUCCUGGCAUCUACAUGGGCAAACCCACUCAUGGCGGUGGAGACCGCGGUGGUGGCGGAGAUCGCGGCGGUGGCCGCGGCUACGGUGGUGGUCGUGGUGGUGGAGGCGGUGGCUACGAUCGACGCCGCUCUCCCUCGCCCUACGGCUAUGGCGGAGGCCGACGAGGGGGCCGCUACUCUCGUUCACGCUCUCGCUCGCACUCUCCUCGUAAGUAUGCUGUGCGAAAGCCCAGUGGCUACAGUAAUUAUGCCUACUGA